GAUUCCAUAAUAAGUGUGGGGUAUGUGUGCGCACGGACAUUACGUCGCCGGCGGCCGGGCGUGGCUUUUCAUCAUUACUUCAAUAGUCCGUCGCCAUCCACCUCCGCUACACCUACACCAACAUCGAACCGCGACCGGAACUAUUGCCAAAACUCACCGACGAUACUACCAAACCUCAAAACACCACACACAUCGAUCGCCACCAUGUUUAGGAGAGUCGCAGCAGCAGUGCCCGCCCAGGCCGGAAGAGCGCUCGCAACCGCCGCCAGGCCCAGCAUCGUUUCGCCCAUUCGCACAGCAGCACCUGCAGUCUCAGCAGUCGGUCGGCGGCAGUACCACGAGAAAGAUAUGUCGCCCGCCCCUCUCGUUCGAAGACUCAACGUGGUGGCGACACACGAGUUUGAUUGGAAUCACCUCGUCAUCGCGCCACCAUCUCUGUCGAAUAACAUGUGAGAACGCUCAGCUAACAUUCACAGCACUGCUCGACCACUACAACAAGCCUCGCAAUGUCGGCUCCAUGUCCAAGACGGAUAACGAUGUCGGUACUGGACUAGUCGGCGCACCCGCAUGUGGCGACGUCAUGAAGCUCCAGAUCCGUGUCGACCCCAACAGCAACACCAUUAGCGAUGUCAAGUUCAAGACCUUCGGCUGCGGCAGCGCGAUUGCGAGUUCGAGUUACCUGACCGAAUUGGUGCGGGGCAUGACACUGGAGGAUGCGUCGAGGAUUAAGAACACAGAGAUUGCAAAGGAGCUCUGCCUUCCACCUGUAAAGCUCCACUGCUCUAUGCUUGCUGAAGACGCCAUCAAAUCCGCCAUCUCCAACUACUACACCAAGAACCCCAACGCACGGCAAACAGAUCUUGGCGGCAAGUCGGCACCGCUUCCAAAGGUCGAGAUCGAGACUGUAUCCUCAGCGACGGCUUAGAAAGGAUGAUGACAAUGAUGAUGUAAAUUGAUACCAUGGGGACGAGAAGGAAGGUUGGAGAGGAAGUUUCCUGAUGUUACCUGCAUUCAGUCUUUCGCUACUCAAUGUACCGGGUAUGACUUGGGCGUUUGAGCGUUACUGCGGCUGGCUUCCUGUAUAGUAGGCUGAGAGUACAUAUGUUUUAUCGCAAUGAAGAAAAGUCCUAAUGCGAAGCGAUAUGUUUUGGCUACGAUGUGAUGUGUAAUGAAUGAACGGCGGAAGCAACUGCUGGGGAGGAUGAAACUUAGUGCUAAAUCAGCUGUAGUACGUAACAGCGGAAGUCGGCUCGACGAUCAUCUUAUGAGCUGAGUGUCACGCCAUGUAGGUGCUCUAUAUCUGAUGAUCCUACUCAU